UCCUGAUGGGGGCGCAGCGGGGCCGAGCUCCAUCUUCUAACCCCGAGCAGGCAGCCCGGAGAGAGGCAGCAGAGCAGAGGCAGCGGAUGGGGCAGCUUUUUUAUUUCUCUUUUUAAAGGGACAGAGUCGAUUUGAGACGAGCCUUAAAAACGGACUUUUCCAUCGCCGUCGACCUCUCGGGGACUUCAAACCGACGGCAGCGAUGCGCUGGACGGCUGUUAGGAGAUAGAAAAUCCGGGGAGAGGGAUCUGAGAGCCUCUCCUCCUCCUCCUCUUCUCCUCUAUCUCUCUCUCUACCCUAUCUCUCCUCUCGUCUCUCCGUUUCUUCUGCUCUCACUACACUGGCUAGCUGUUAGCUACCUACCCCCCUUUCGCUAGCAUUAGCUAGCUAGUUAGCUGUUAGCUCGCUCCCCCUGCCUCCUCCUCCUCCGCUUGGCCUCUCUGCUUUUGAGACGUUUCUCUGGAUACUUUGAACCAGCCUCGUAGACACGUAUUUACACUAACUUGGCUGUUUUCGCGGCGUUAAGCGGAAUAACAAGGCAGAAAUCAUGCAGUCCAUGGCUGGUGUGAGGGGUCAGUAGUGCACAUGAUGGGGGUUUCGGGUAUUAACUGAUCGGCCUGAGGGAAGAUGAGAAUCGUCCAUAUUUGGAAGGAGCAGCCUGGUAACCUGGACGGCAUCCUGUUGUGUUGAGUGCGGCCUACACGGAGGCUCGCACUGCAAUCAUGCGUUUUCUUCUCUGAGGUGCUGUCUGUUUCGCCAUAUGUAGCCCAGGAACUACGCCACACCUGCUCAUGGCUCUGAUUGGUCAGAGCCCGACGUGGGAAACCCCAUCUGAGUUUGGUAGCAUCCCGAUGAGGCUCGUCAGAGGCCCGGCCUCGCUGUGAGCCCGUCUCGCUCGCCCCGGGAACGCUUCCUGCAGCCGACGACUUCUUCUUUAGAGGAAAGUUGUGGUGCUCUUGUCCUCCCGUUUCCGAGAGACACGAUGACACGUAGUGUUGGGACAGUGACGAACGUGUGAUCUCUCUGGCGGAGUCGAGCACUAACCCAGAAAAAUGAAUGGAGGAAAGGAGAGUGAGAUAGGGGAGGGGGAGGGGCAGCCUGCACUUGCCCAGGUGCCUAUUGGCUGGCAGCGGAAGGUGGAGUCCACUGGGGUCGUCUAUAUCAGUCCCAGUGGUUCAGUGCUGUCCUGCCUGGAACAGGUAAAGUCCUAUCUACUCACGGACGGCACCUGUAAGUGUGGCCUGGAAUGUCCGCUCAUCCUCCCCAAGGUGUUUAAUUUCGAUCCUGGGGCCGCUGUCAAACAGAGGACUGCGGAGGACGUGAAGGCAGAUGAGGAUGUCACGAAGCUCUGCAUCCACAAGAGAAAGCUUAUUGCUGUAGCCACUUUGCACAAAAGUAUGGAGCUGCCACACCCCUCCCUAACACUGACCGGUCCCAGCGGAGGCACAAGUGCCACCUCUAUAACCCCUACCAUCCAGCGGUCUGCAACUCCUCGAGCAAUAAGGAAUAAGUCCCAUGAUGGGCUGCCCAACUCAACGCUGCCUGACUGCAAGAAUCCAUUCAAGAUGAUGAUGGCAGCAGGUCAACGGCACUACUCUGCGGACAUGAGUAGUGCCCAGCCGCCGGAGCACUUUUCUGGAUACUCUCGCCAGAGAUUGGGAAGCAAUGAACCAGGACCCAAGUCCCCCUAUCGCAGUGGGCCUGGAGGCAUGCUCAGCCCUUCGUCAGGCUCGCAGAUCUAUGGGGAUGGCUCCCUGUCCCCUAGGACUGACCCUUUGGGCAGUCCAGAUGCGUUUACACGGAGCAAUGCCUGUGGUUUCCAGGGGGCGGGUAGCCCCAACCCAAUUCAUGGCAGCAACAGGAUCCCCCUUUCCCCUCCUGGUAUCAUGAUUCAUGGUUCACCUGCUUCUCAGUUAUCUUGUGCAAUGGUUGGAAGGACUAACACGCCUCUCUCUCCCCCAGUUCCCAACAAAAGCCCCAUCAUGAAAAAGCCACAUUGUAACGUCAACUAUCCGCCUAGCAUGGACAUGACCAGAGCAGUAUUUCAUCACAAGGUCCAAACCACAUCACAUCCUGUUCCUCCCACUGCAAUCCCCCCAUCAUGUGCCCUUCAGAAAAAACAGAUGACCUCUGAGAAGGAUCCUCUCGGAAUCUUGGACCCCAUCCCUAGCAAACCUGUCAUUCAGAGUCCUAUGACGAACCCAAGCCCAUCCAACUUCCAGCCCAGUGCCCACUCUCAGGUACCAAUGAUGAAUGUAAACAUCCCUCCUGCCAUCGUCCCUUUGCCAAGCAACCUUCCCUUACCAACAGUGAAACCUGGGCCGGUUGGUCAUGGCGGGCACAUGCAGAGGACUCAGCACGGAGCAGCCACCUCCAUCUCCCCAUCACCUGUUACAUCCCCUGUGCACAUGUCUGGACCUGCACAUGGCCGCAUGGAGGCCUCCCCGCAACGAUCCCGCUCCUCUUCCACUUCCUCAGACCAUGGAAGCUUUGCCAUGCCCUCAGGGCCCCAGGCCCCUUGUGGAAGCAUGAAGGUUCCACCGCGGUCACCCCGAUCCUCCAUGGGUUCGCCCAGACCUGCCUUGCCUUCCAGCCCCUCUGCCAAGCCUGAUGCCCUCCACCAGUACAAAGACCCUAACCAGGUUCUGGUGGGGAUGAGCAAUGCGAUCAGCAGUCAGCACAACCCCAUGUUUCCCCCAGCCUCAGGCAGUAGUGCCCCCCAGAAGAACCACCCUGGACUCCUGGGCAUGCCCCUCAACCAGAUCCUCAACCAACACAAUGCUGCCUCUUUCCCUGCCAGCAGUCUACUUUCAGCAGCAGCCAAAGCACAGCUAGCAAAUCAAAACAAAAUAGGUGGUAGCAGUGGUGCUGGAAUGGGUGUUGGUGGAGGAAUGAGUGCAGGAGCUGGUGCUGGGAGCAUGGGGAGUGAAGGUGCUGGCAUUGCUCGUGGUGGGAAUAAUGGAAGUGGAGGCAAUGGUGGGGUGCCUUGCUCACUCACUGGCAGCGGAGGUAGCAGGACUGUCGACGGGCCCAAUACUUUAAAUCCCAUGCUGCCACCCAGUUCCUCCAUGCUCAUGUCUAUGCCCGAAGGCCAGAGUGGACGUGCAGCCUUGCGGGACAAGCUCAUGGCCCAGCAGCGUGAUCCUCUUCGCAAGCGCAAGCAGCCACCCAACAGUGGCACUCAUGACAACAUGGUUUACAGCAUGAUGAAACCGGACAUGGUCGGUCCUAGGCCCCCUUGCCCUCCUUCAGAGCAGAUGAGGAAAGUGCCCCGGCUCGGUGGUCUACCUCCAAACACCUCCAUGGCCCAGCUGCUCCAGUCAAUGAGCAACCAGAGCUCCCACAUGGCCAGGGGCGGUCGGCCAUUACCUGCAGGUCCUGCUCAGAUGCACUUUGGUGGCGAGGGUGCCAUUCCCCCUGGUGUUCCCCAACAGAGCAUGCAGUUACAACAACGACUUCACGGCCAAGCAGACCCAAUGCACUGUCCUGGCAUGGAGCCUGGUACUCAAGGCCCACACUCACAGUUCCCAGGGAUGAUGAACCAGAUGCAGGCACCACCUAUGGGGAACUGUGCACCCUUGGGCCCGGGUGGACAGGUUCCACUUGGACACCCUGCCAUGAGACAUCCGAGCACUCACCCACAGCAACUGUCUCACCUACAUCAACAGCAGCAAGGCCAUCCUCACGGGCAUGUCCGGCCAAAUAUGUCCUGUAUGGUACCCAAUAACAGUGAUGGUGGCUGUGCCCAAGCCAUGCCUGACACAGAUGCAUCAUCACUGAACUGCAGUAUGGGGAAUUCUAUGAUUGGCAAUGCAGGACAAAUGUACCAGCAUCAUCAGCUGCACCCAGCACUACAGGGUGGACACCUGUACCAGGGCCAGGGGCACCCCUAUUCAGAAGCACCUUUUCCUGAGAAUAACACCCCUAACUCCAAUAGCAUGGCCUGCCUGUACCAGGACUACCAGGGUUGCAUGCCUGACAACACCCCAGUUUCCCGUACCCAGAUGAGCUCUCAGCCUGGCAUGACAUCACUUCCUACUGAGACGAGAAUGUUCCAGGAUGGUCAGCAGGAGCUCCAAAGUCAAAAUGAGGUUACCAUGCCUGGAUCUGCCGGGGGUCAGGGGUCGGAGCAGUUACCCGGGGGCGGCAGCCCAGAGGCAGUGGACGCAAUCUAUCGGGCUGUGGUGGAUGCAGCAAGCAAAGGCAUGCAGGUGACCAUCACCACAACGGUGAGCAGCAGCACACAGGCCAGCCCUGUCCCUGCACUGAGCGCCAUGACCGCCUUUACCGCCUCUAUAGGUGAGCCUCACGGCUUGCCGCAUGCUGUAAAUGCCGUCAUCCACGGCCCCAGGGCGACUGAGGGUCCGGAGGCAUUGACCAGGCCCCCACCGCCCCCGUCACGAGCCGGCCGAAGCCGCAGGAGUUCCGAACAGGGCAAGAGCACACCUGACAGCACGGAAGCGCACGAGUACUUCCGCUCACCCCGCCAGCAGUGGGAGGAGCCGAGUCACGCCCAGUGGCGGGGGGAGGAGUUUCUGGAAUGUUCCACACAGGUGCGCAGCAGCCCAUGUAUUGAUGGGAGCGACAGAGCCGGCACCAUGGUCACAACCCCGCAGUCCCGUGACCCAGUAGAGCAUCAGGGCGAUGAUGGCGGGAACUUCCGCUACAACCAUUGUAACCGCACUCCCGUCAACUUCAAGGAGAGACUGGAGCAGACAGUGGAGCGCUGCGCCCACAUCAAUGGUGGCCUGCCCCCGUCCAGUCGUGGUGGAGGUGGGGGCGGCGGUGGCUAUGGUGAGCCCCUGACAGGGGAUGACCAGUCGCCAGGCUCCUCUACUAGCUUAGAGGGGCCGCUGCUGAAGGACUACGCUCACUUCAAUGGGCACUUUAACGGGCACUGCGCGCCCAGCCCCUCCGACACCAAGAGCCUGAGCAGUGAGGAGGAGCUUCGGCACCCGGACUCGCCCUCUGCUGACCUGAUGCACUACCGGUCCAGAGGUUUCAAUGUGGGGGAGCUCGUUUGGCCAAUCAAAGGCUUUCCUUCAUGGCCCAACAAACUGGUGGGGGAAGAGCACAGGCACAAUCCCAGCAUGCAGCUGUCUGACCAGGCCAAGGUGGAGCCUGAGAAGCUGAAAACACUAACGCAGGACCUGGAGGCGCUGGACAGGGCUGCCAAAAGGAACAGAAAAGCUGGGAAGUUAAAUAAUCAUUUAGAAGCUGCUAUCCAGGAAGCCAUGAGUGAGCUGGACAAGAUGUCAGGCACUGUACAUCCAAUGUCCUCAAGAGAGCGAGAACGGCAGGUCAAGCUGCCCAAACCCAAGAGGAGGAAGAUCUCCAGAUAACAGAGAGAGAAAACCACGACCAGAGCAGUAUCCAGCCUCAGAGCUUUUCCAAACACGCACGCACUCUUUCUCCCUCUCUAUCUUUUACCUCUCUCUGUCUCUCUAUCUCUUGUGCUUGCUCUCGCUCUCCGUUCAACUUGUUUCGACCUGGUGCUACAUUCUAGCAGACGGCUGGUCAAGGCCCCGCCCUCACAAAGUAACUGACUGACAGGUGCUGGAUAAGCCAAUCAGAAAUGGUGGCGAUUUGACUACAACUCACUGAAGAACUAUUUUUUUCUAGAAUACAAAGAAAAAUAUCAAAAAAAGAAGAAAAAAAAGUACUGCAUUUAAGAGAAUAGACAGUCCAAAUAUUUCUGAUACAUUUUCAAUGUGUAUAUAGACAAUACAGAAAUUUCAUGGUGAAAUCUUGAGAAGAAAAUGUAAAUAUUGUACGAUAAUGCCAUGUACAAGCAGACUCAAUGCAUACUUUAUCUUCAGUUGUACAAAAAAGAAAAACAAAUCAAAGCCGAAAAAACGUCUACCAAUGUGAUGGUUUCUAUUCAGCUCUUGGUCUGCAAGGCCACGCGUGAAUAGGAUGAAUAAGAAGAAGAGUCAGUCGGAUGCUUUUAUGUGCUUCUGUUGGAGUGUGUGUGCGUGAGUUUCUUUUGUUUUGUUCUUUUUUUUGUGUGUGUGUGAGUGUGCGUGUGUGUGUGUGCACGCACAUGUAGAAGAGUGGACUUCACCAGCUGACCGGGGGCAAUGCUACACUGCAGGUUUGACUUUCCUAGUACUGUUCCUAGUCUUCCACCAUUGAACACUACCUGACCACCAUUUCCCACAUUGGCCAUACUCCAUUACUCAGUGUUGGUGGAUGACACCUUUUGUUUUUGUUCGUUUGUUUUUGAUUUGCAGUCAAAUAACCCUGCUGAAUCAGUUGAAUGAUCUAUGCUCCGCCCAGAAACACUUUCUUUCAUGGCUACUGUUGCUAGGCUGGACAAGCUUUACUGAACGUUAAAAAAAAUUCUCAAUCAACCAGUGACAACUUACAACUGUCUGUUAUCAGUAAAUAUGUCAGUUAUUUCAAAUUAUAGUAUUUAUUUCAUGGUCUUGUUGAAAGCUUACACUGUUAUAAUAAAGCAGAUGUACAUUUUUCUACUAUUACAGGGCCCAUAUCAUGGACAAUUCAAUAAAAAAAAGGACAGAAAAUUCAUAGUUUUAUGUAAUAUGUAAACACUCCCUGAUGUGUACAGUUCAUAUAUGGAAAAUAGCAGCAAAAACAGCUACUUUUGAAUUUAUAAUUUUUGUGAUGUCGCAGAAAAGCCAACAUAUUUUACAUAUGGACAUUUGUUUUAACCCAGAGAAGUUUCUGUCUACAUUUAUAUAAAUACUGUAGUAUGUAAACACUCCACAAACUAUAAACAUGAACUAUAGUUCAUAUAUAAAAACAUAUAUAACAUUUUUGAAUUUGGCUAUUUUUGUGAUCUCACAAAAAAAUAUUUUAAAUAAUUAAAAUCAUUGUGAAUUGACUUAAAAAAAUACGUUUAAUUUGUUUGUAAAGCUGCCUUUUUUCAGAGAUUUGGGAGCAACAGUGAGAGGAGCACAGAUUUUUCCCAUUAAUUUAUAACUCAAACUCAAGUUAUAGGACCCGCCUUCAAAUCCAAUGUGUGAACCAUAAAUGUCUGUUAACGCUUCAUUUGACUACGCCACGUUUUAACCCCGAACAGACUGAACCCUGUCAUCAAGAGAGCAUGAGAGAGAAGUGCAAUUUGCAGUUAUGGGCCUUAUAUUUUUGUUAUAAAUUAUUUAUGUACAGUAUUCUGUAUUUAUUUUAGCUGUUCAAUUGUACUUGGCAAUAAUACAACCCUGAGCGAAUGCUCUGUAAAGCCUUACAUGUGUAUGUAUAAAGCCUAUAUGUAUCUAUAUGUAUCACUUUUUGCUCAAGAGAUACAGCCUUGAUAUUCAGUAUUAUUCAUUUAAACAGAUAACCUAUAUUUUUGGCCCUGUAUUUAAUGUCUGUGGUGUUGAGGCAGCACAACAGCGCUUGUUAUUGUAUAACACUGUUACGUUUUAUUCCUGUUGCGGCAGCGAGCGCCAAGGACUAGCGGGCUGAUGAAAAUGCUGAAAUCUCGUACAGACUCAGGGAGACCUGUCAAUCCGUUCAGAUUUCAGUUCUGCGAGGGGCUAUGAUUUAUGAUUUAAGAGAUAUACAGCGUACCAUUUCUUUUUUUUUCUUUUUUUUCUUUUUUAUGUCUUAAUUUUUUGAUGUCUGUAAUAUCAUAUGUGACCAGUUGUCAGUUUAAAAGAGAUUAAUAGCCUGUGAGGUACAGGAGGCCUGUAGGACCUUUGUUUUACCCUCGUAUUAGCCUUUUAUACUGGUAUACUACGUUCAGAUGCUAAGCUUUUAAACUGUUUUAAGAAAAUAAUGUCCUCAAAUCACUGUAUGUUUGUGUGUGUGUGUGAAAAAGAGAGAGAGAAAAGAUGAGAAUAAAGUGUCUGCCCCCGACCCUAAAACACUACAAAAAAUCUUUCAUAAACACUAACAAGGAACAUGGUUGUGGCUCUUCUAACAGGCUGAGUUCGCUUGAUAAGCCUGGCUCACUAAUGAUUUAAGAUUAUUUUGUUAGUUUCCACACUUACCGUCCACCAUGACAAGUGUAACAUUAGUUGUUCUCCCUCAACCCCAACCGAGCUGGUCCACCCUGACAUUAACAGCUACUGCUGUGAUAGGGUCUUGGUUUCAAUACUUGUUUCAGUUUUAAGACCUUCAUUUCCAGCUCCCAUAAAAAGCAUCACUUAAUAAGAACCUCAGUUAGCUGUACAGCUAAUAACAAGCUAAAUAUUAGCUUCCUUAAGAACCCCUGUUAGCUCUACAGCUAAUAACAAGCUAAAUCUUAGCUCCUAUAAGAACCCAAGUUAGCUGUACAGCUAAUAACAAGCUAAAUCUUAGCUCCUAUAAGAACCACAGUUAGCUGUACAGCUAAUAACAAGCUAAAUCUUAGCUCCUAUAAGAACCACAGUUAGCUGUACAGCUAAUAACACACUAUACUUUAGCUCCUAUAAGAACCCCUGUUAGCUCUACAGCUAAUAAGAACCCCAGGCAGCUGUACAGCUAAUAACAAGCUGUAUUUCACCUCCUAUAAGAACCUCAGUUAGCUGAACAGCUAAUAAUGAGCUGUGGUUUAGCUCCCAAAAAAAACCCAGUUAGCUGAACAGCUAAUAAUGAGCUAUAUUUUUCCAGCUAUAAGAACCUCAGUUAGCUGAACAGCUAAUAAUGAGCUAUAUCUUUUCCUUCCAUAGAAACUAGUUAAAUUUACAGCAGCUAGCUUUAAGCUUUAUAAGAAGCUUAGUUAGCUGUACAGCUGCUAGCUAGCUGUUUUAGCUUCCAUAAGAACCCCAGUGACCCUUGAGCUGCUAAUAGCUAUGUUUCAGAUAACAUAAGACCAAAUUAAAUGCAGCUGUACAACUAGCUGUGUUUUCUGCUCAUUUAAAAACUAGUUAGCUUUACAGUACUAGCUUUAUUUCAACUCCCAUAAGAAGCCCAGUUAGCUGUACAGCUACUAGUUAUAUUUUAGCUCCCAUAAACUCUAGUUAGCUGUACAGCUAUUUAUUUGUAAAGUCAGGAGAGCCUCACCAUUCCAGAGUUCAUAAUCCAAGAUGGCUACACUGCACAUCAACAGUGUAUCAGUACUUUUAUACAGUUUAUUGUACACAGAGUACUGUCCAGCAUUUAUCUGUGGACUAUUUCCUUGGUGUUUCAGUGCUCAGUAACUGUAUGGGGAGUGUAUCACCUGUUAUCACUUACAGUGCUAACCUGGGACAUAUUAUAGCAAGAUUUGCUAUAAAAAAAACAGUAAAGGAUGGUCUAAACAGUAGUGUCCUUUAAUGUGAUUACCAGCUCCGACUAAAUGGUAAGCAGUAUUUACCACCCAUAAAGUCCCCAUUUAGCUGUACAGCUAAUAGUUGUUUCAUAAUAAUCCCACAAAAAGCAGAACUUAACAAGAAAACAUUUAUAUAUAUUGAUUUGUCUGUGUAUGUAUGGGGAAAAAUGAAAUAACUUGCCCAGUAGCACAGCAUCCAGUGGACCAGCUGGGUAGAGUACUGUGCUUGACACCCCAUCUACCCCUACUGUGUAGAAGCCAUUAUUGUUUCGUCUUUCUUCAUAGGAAAUUCACUACUAAAAUGUUGAGUGCAAUAUAACAGAAUAUGGAUCUGAAAAGCAGCCAUGUUGUGUCAUCUGAAUGUCCUUUUUUUUUAACUUUUUUUUUCAUGCAAAUGUACGUAAAUGGAAUGGACAAGUUGGAAUCUUCUCAAUCUUCUUAUCUGUGGCCCUCAAAUAGGCUCACUUAGCCUUAUUUCAGAUACUUUCGCUAUUUUGCUCUCGACCCUCAUGUCUGUCUGUCCUGCGUGUGUCCCCAGGCCUGGUGAAGUCCACUCUCUACUCUGUAGCCCCCUGUUCCAAGGAACUCCCCAAGCCCCCCAUAUACAUAUAAAUACACACACACACGCACGCACUCUAACUGGCAAUGUUAUAAGGUCAAAUACAUUUAUUUUAUUUUAUUUUUUUGUUUUUUUUGUGUUCAGAUGGUCAAUGUUGUCCAGAACUUUCUGCUUCUGUAUGUUUGCUCAUAUCUUUACUUUGAUUUCCCCCUAGUUUUCUGAUUGUGUUUUUCUUUCUGGCCUCGUUGCUUGAUCUUUAUCUGAUUGGUAUGACCAACUGUUGCGUCAUCAUCAAUAUUGGAGGUUUUAACCCACCCCCAAACAUGUAACUUAGUAUAUAUUUUCUCACCAAUAUAUACUUUACAGCCGUUGACUUUGUAAAGUAUGUCGUGCACUUGAUUUCAUCCGUUUCAAAUAGCUUUGAUGCGGAGGUUAGAAUAGAUAUUAAAGUCCAUACUUUCUUCUCGCUUCUUUUUGUUGGUUUGUUUGUUUGUUUGUUUUGAUUUGUUUGUUUUUUAGAUUUUUAUGGGUUGUCCUGAACAGCAGUUUUGUAAAUAUUGUGAACAUUACAGGUCAAACUGUGAUGUAACAUUGAAAUAAUGUUGCACCGAUGUUUCAAUUAAAAACUGAUCACUCAUACUUGAAA